GGAAGAACAUACAACGACUUAAAUCAGUACCCUGUUUUUCCAUGGGUUCUUACAAAUUAUGAAUCAAAAGAACUUGAUUUAAGUCUGCCAAGUAACUAUAGAGACCUUUCCAAGCCUAUUGGAGCUCUGAAUCCAAGUCGACGGGCAUAUUUUGAAGAACGAUAUAACUCUUGGGAGCAUGAGAGCAUUCCUCCAUUUCACUAUGGCACCCACUACUCAACAGCAGCAUUUGUUUUGAACUGGCUUAUUCGUGUGGAACCCCUCACAACCAUGUUCCUGGCUCUCCAAGGAGGCAAAUUUGAUCAUCCUAACAGGUUAUUUUCUUCUGUGGCAAUGUCUUGGAAGAAUUGUCAAAGGGACACAUCUGAUGUGAAGGAACUGAUUCCUGAAUUCUUCUUCUUACCUGAGAUGUUAGUUAAUGCUAAUCGAUACAAGCUUGGGCAACAAGAAGAUGGAACACAUGUUGGUGAUGUUGAACUACCACCAUGGGCAUCAUCUCCUGAAGAAUUUAUUAGAAUCAACAGAAUGGCUUUGGAAUCUGAAUUUGUGUCUUGUCAACUUCACCAGUGGAUUGACCUUAUUUUUGGCUACAAACAAAGAGGACCUGAAGCUGUUCGUGCAACAAAUGUGUUCUAUUACUUGACAUAUGAAGGGAGUGUAGAUAUGGACAAUAUUACAGAUAUUGUAAUGAAAGAGGCUAUUGAAAACCAAAUCCGUAACUUUGGCCAGACUCCUUCUCAGUUGUUGAUGGAGCCGCACCCUCCACGAAGCUCAGCUAUGCACUUGUCACCAAUGAUGUUCUCAAGCAUUCCAGAUGAUGUGUGCAUGACAAUGAAAUUUUUGUCUAAUUCUCCUAUUUGUCACAUCUCUGCCAACACAUAUCCUCAGUUGCCAUUACCAUCAGUUGUUACUGUCACGACAAAUCAGCAAUUUGCUCUGAAUCGAUGGAACAGCAGUUAUGCAGCUUCUGUCCAGUCUCCAAGUUAUGCAGAAGCACCACAGACACCAGCAGCUAACCUUCCUCUUUCAAUGGAUCCAGUUUUAUCUCAAACUAGCAACAGCUCGAAUCCAAUGCUUCGUCGCCAUCUGGGAGACAAUUUCAGUCAAAAGAUUCGAAUUCGUUCAAAUUGUUUUGUCACUACUGUUGAUAGUAAAUUCCUUGUUGCCUGUGGUUUUUGGGAUAACAGUUUUCGAGUCUUUUCCACUGAGACAGCCAAAAUUGUGCAGAUAGUAUUUGGACAUUACGGUGUUGUGACAUGCUUGUCACGUUCUGAGUGCAAUAUUACAUCUGAUUGUUACAUAGCCUCAGGUUCUGCAGAUUGCACUGUACUUUUAUGGCAUUGGAAUGCUCGUACACAAACUAUUGUUGGUGAAGGUGAGGUUCCCACCCCACGAGCAACUCUUACAGGUCAUGAGCAACCUGUCAGUAGUGUGGUUAUUUCAGCAGAAUUGGGAUUGGUUGUGUCAGGUUCACAAAAUGGUCCUGUUUUGGUACAUACUACAUUUGGUGACCUCUUAAGAUCUUUAGAGCCACCUUCUGGAUUUUUAUCACCAGAAAAUAUUGCCAUGUCACGUGAAGGAGUUAUUGUAGUCAAUUAUGAACGUGGUCAUAUUGCUGCCUUUACUGUCAAUGGGAAGAGGCUAAGACAUGAGUCCCAUAAUGAUAACCUUCAGUGCCUCUUAUUAAGUCGAGACGGUGAAUAUCUAAUGACAGGAGGUGAUAAAGGCAUUGUAGAAGUCUGGAGAACAUUCAACCUUGCUCUGUUGUAUGCAUUUCCUGCUUGUGACAGCAGUGUUCGCUCAAUUGCAUUGUCACAUGAUCAAAAAUUCCUUCUUGCAGGAUUAGCUACUGGUUCAAUUGUUGUAUUUCAUAUUGACUUCAACAGAUGGCAUCAUGAGUUCCAGCAAAGGUAUUGAACUCUUUGUGUUCCAAAAUGAAUGAAGAUACUGUUUUAGCAUUCCAUAAAGUUCUGAAAGAUGUUUCUGUUGAGUAGCAGUAUUCCACUGUUGAAUCAUCAUUGUAGCUUGAAAUCAAGGAAACUGAUGAAAUAGAUUUGUUGAAUUUCACAUACAUUCAAUGAGCACUUCAUUGAGUGUGAAACAUUCAUCAGGUUCUUUUUUUAAAACAUGUAUUUUAAAAUUGAGAAUAUUUUAUCUUUUGAAGAUUUAAGCAGUUGAUAUGGUGCAAUUUCACUUUACAAGAAAUAUUACAGUGCUAUUUUAUUGUUAUAGAAAAAUGAUUUAGCUUUUAGUCAUAAUGAAAUGUCUGGUUAUGUUGAAUCAGUGUAGAGUUGGAUUUAUCCUUAAAAGAAUUCUGUGCAUUUUGACACAGAAAAUGUAUUAUAUUAAGUUUAUUGUAUCCCUCUCCUGUGCAGUUGAAUGAUCUUAGUAACCUUAUAGAAACUAAAUCAUGAAACUGCUUCAGUCAAACUUAAUUGCAUUGUACUUAGUGAGCAAAUUUCUGUACUACACAUAAACUGGCAUCAAUAAUUUAGGUUUAUGUGCUGCUAUUUAUUGUAUUCAAAGUAUUGACAAAAAUGAGGCUGUUCAUAAUGAAUUUUCAAAUAGUAUAUUUUCCUUAAAAAUGUUAUAUUAUUUGAUUCAUAAAGUGUCUCUGAUGUAUACAGUAAAACCAAAUGCAAAAUUAAGUGCUUCAUUUAAUGGGGAAAAGAAAGGGGAAAAAGCCUAUUAAAUAAAUUUAAAUAGGUACAUGACAGUUCUGUUUGACAAGUUAAAUUAUUGCACCAGUCUGUGGAUACUAAUUUUCAAUUGUUUGCUGCUUUAUUGCAUUCUGGUUUUACUGUAUUUGCAAUGAAAUCAGGAACUGAGUACUUCACUAUCUGUACAUUCCAAAUGCUGUGAUUAUUUUGUACAAGUUGGGUCAGCAGAAUAGGCAUGAAACUAUUCAGCAUUUUCAAGCGAGCAAUUAAGCAGAUAUGUAACUAUUGUACUUAAUGAAAUAUUUGGAAAAAACGUUUUUGUUGUCAUUUAGCAAAAGUUUCAUUUGAUAUACAUAUAAUGGUAAUUAAUCAAAUUUGCAUAUUUUUGCUAAGAAUCCUCACUGUACCUUUCAAUUCCCAAUCCUAUUUAUUGAUUGAGUGAGUGACAGGCUCUUAGAUUACCAUCUCAAACUUAAAGAAGUCUAUGGAUGGUAGUCGUAUUUCCUAAUUUGUGCGAGUGUUUCAAACCUUCAAACCAAUUGAUCUAAUCUUUUAUACUCACCAUUAAAAAAUUAUUUUAUUUUAUCCGCUGUGAUUAGUGCAAAUUCAGACUAAACUUAGCACUUUUAUUGUGUAAUUUCAAAAAUUAAAUGUAGGUGUUGAAUGGCGGUAAAUUUCACCUUGGCAGUGAAUUGAACUUCAAUUUCUACAAAAAAAUGCAAUAUUUAUAAAGAUUUGAAACAUUUAUAACAUUCAGUUGAAGUUGCUCUUUUUACUAAAAGAGAUUGUUUGCUCAGAUAAAUAAAGAUAUAGCUCUAGACUUGUUACUUAGUCCACAGAAAUUUCUAUAUUAUAAUACUUAUAUCAGAUGUUUUCUGGGAUAUUUGUGGGAAUGGUUUGGAAAACCUAAUAAUGUAGUAAACCUAUGAUGUUCUGUAGAAUGAGCUAGACAUAGGUUUUUACUCAAGUGCAUACUAAUGGUAGAUAGCACUUCCAAGUGUGAACUUCUACAACUGAGAGGAAAAAUAUCAACUAAUUUGUCAUUUUUCAUUGAUCUUGACUUUUUUGUUUUUGUGGAUUAGCGGUGCUGCUGUCAGUAUAUUAAAGCAAAUUAAUACGAAUGAACAUUUCAAGUAUUGUUGCGAAGAAGAAAAAAGUACAAUAGGUGAAAUUUUCUCUCUGCAGUGAAUUACAUACCAAGUUUGACUGUUUAUACUGAUGCAAAAAUUUCUAGAAAUAUUUGUCCUGUUAACUGACAUGAAUGAAACCUUCUUUAUUGUAGGUUGCUUUCAUGUCCAUUGCUGUUCUAGUCAUGAUCGGAUGCACUCAGCUUGAUUUUUAAGUCAUUCCCUCCAGACUGAUAAGAAAUUAUGUACAUUAUAUAUUGUCCAUUUUACAUUGCAAAAACUUCUAAUUGUAAAUAAGGGACUGAAAGUUUCUAUUAUACGAUAGUGCAACUCAUUAGUUCUUUCCCACUUUAUUUUUUUUUAAUUAUAAUUUUAUAUGUGUAUGUUUGAUGUUGGCAAUAAUUAAGAAUGAAAUCCGGUCCAUAAUUGAUGAACUAAAGCAAAGGAGGAUUCAUUUUGACAUGGAUUUUUUAUGAUGGCCAGGACAUGCUUCCUGACAAGUUCAAGUUGAAAGCAUUCAAUGUAUUUUACAUUUGUUAGCUUCAGUAAAUAAAUGUGAAUGUGAAAUAUUUAAAAAUGAGGUGAAAAGUUUAUUUGAAGAACAUUGUCCUGAUAAAACUGACAACAACAUGAAGUAUUUGAAUGCUUUGAUAAACUAUCUGUGCAAUGUCUCAUAGAAGAGGUAAUAACUGGCCAACGACCUGUAUUUAACAAUAUUUGUAGUGUAUAAAUAAGAUUAAUAAAAAAUAUUGCUAUGGGGAUGGAACUGACUCUAUAUGAUUUCCCAAAACAAUUGUAUUCAGUAAGUUGAAUCUGUUGAUUUUACAUGUGUGUAUUGAGGGUCUGGUAAACUUGGUAUGUGAUUUGGUGCCAGAAGUGAAGAUAUUGGAAGAAAGCAGGUAAUCACUUGACUACAAAAUGAAGAUGGAUGCUUUUU